AUGCCUUAAUUAAAUUAAAAACUCGUAACUAUAUGUUCAAAGAAAUGGAGAGAUCCUUGUUGGGUUAUUUCAAUUGAUUAAAAUAAUAUAAUUAUUGCUUUAGGAAGUUAUAGUAUUAUUCAUUUAUUCGAAUUUAAAAGUUCAAAACUAAAGAAAGUUUAAACACUUUUUGGACAUCUUGAUGAUAUUACAACUCUAGUUUUUUUUAAUAAGAAGUAAUAAUUAAUAUCAGGUUCAAAAGAUAUGUAAAUAAUAAUUUGGUCAUUAAAUUUAUUAAGUGAACCAAAGAAAAUAUAAAAACUUUAAGGACAUUUAAAUUAUAUUAAUUGUUUAAUCUUAAAUAGAAAAGAAGAUCUUAUAAUUUCUGGUUGCAGCUAAAUUAUAUUUUGGACUUAAUUAUUGAAUCAAUAAAGUAUUUAAUAAUAAUGGGUUUAUUCAUAAUAAUAUCAAUCAGAUAAAUCUAUUUUUGGAUUAUCAAUAAAUGAUGAUGAAAAUUAAGUUAUUGCCUGUGGUGAAAAUUAAGAAAUUUUAAUAAUGGAAUAGAAAUAUUCAAAUUAUUGGUUAAUAAAAUAGAAGAUUUAAAUAGAUGAAUGGGGUUUUAGGAUAUGUUUUAUAAACAAUAAUCUAUUUGUAUUUUAACCUAUCAUUGAAUGUGAUUUUGUUUGUUUAGGUGCAAAAACAUUAGAUGUUUAUACUUUUAAUUCUUUAUAAAAUAAAUAUGUAAAAUCAGGAGAAAUUGAAAUUAAAGGAGAUUGCCAAUCCUGUUAUCAAUACUUCCCCACUCUUUAUAACAGUAGAAGAGGAAUGCUGAUACAUAAGAAUGGAUGCCACUUAAAAUUAAUUAGAGUUAAAUAGGAUAGUAUUCUAUUAAAGGAAGAAAAUAUAUAAUAUUAAUUUGAAUUAGUAGAAAUAAUUAAUUUUGGGAAUUCUAAUGGUUUUGGAAACUUAAUUGGAACUCUAAGUAAUGAUGGAGAAAAUUUAUUAAUUUGGGAUAGCAAUUCAAAAGAAAUUAAUAUAAUUAAGAUUAUUAUACAAUGA